AUGGGGAUUAAAGUUCCUGCAGGGCAACUCUCUAGGGGCACUGUUGCUGACUGCCUGAAAUCCAUUGAAGUUUGUGGGGACGAGGGAAGGGAUGGGAUAUUUGUGCUAUGGACCCGGCCACUGCCACCACUGAGCCCAGCUUCCUGUUCCGCUGGAAGUGGAGAGAGGUUGCUUGGUAGAGGAAGGAGAGCGAAAACUCUCCCCUUGCCCGACAGCUUUCCCACUCCCAUCAGUAGAGAUGUUAGGCAGCUGAGCAGGAAGGAGGAUGGGACCCCGCAGCUGAUGGAACGCGAUGUCCAGCACGAACCGGGUUCUGACUCCUGGCUGCCUGUCCUGAGAAGCCACACCUGAACCAGGGGGAUGUUAGCCACUCUCUUCAAUGCUGCCCUGUGGCUCCCUCUGGCACGGGGGGCACGGGGAUGCACGCGGGUCUGCCCUGCGGGCUGCGCAUGCCCCUGGGAGCGGGGCUGCUCUGUGCUGUGCACUGGGGCCGGGCUGCUUCAGGUCCCGGCCGAGCUGCCCUUUGAGGCCUCGGCCCUCAUCCUGGACAGGAACGCCAUCCGCUUCCUGGCCGAGCGGGCGUUCGGGACGCUGCCCUCCCUCCGCCGCCUCUCCCUGAGCCACAGCAACCUCUCUUUCAUCACUCCUGGGGCCUUCAGGGGGCUGCCCAACCUGGCAGAGCUCAGACUGGCCCACAACCCCUCCAUCCGCUCCCUGCACCCCCGCACCUUCGCUGGCCUGGGCCACCUCGCCCGGCUGGAUUUGGCCCACUGCAACCUCUUUGGCAUCUCCGACCGGCUUCUGGUCGACCUGCCUGCCCUGCGGGAGCUCUCCGUCUUCCAGAACCGCUUCCGUCGCCCACCCGGGGCCCUCUGGGGCCUGGAGAACCUGACCCGUCUGGACCUGGCGAGGAACCAGCUGGAGGCAGUGGCCUCCAAUUCCCUGCAGGGCCUGCGUGGGCUGCGCUCUCUCAACCUGCAGAGCAACCGCAUCGGAGUCCUGCAUGGCCGGGCCUUCCGCGACUGUGGCGCCCUGGACCACCUCUGCCUCGACGACAACCUGUUGGCCCAACUGCCGGCCCACGCCUUCCAGGGCCUUGGCCGGCUCAGGGUGCUCAACCUGGGCGGGAACUGCCUGGGGCACGUGGCCGCCUCCUGGUUCCGGGACCUGGCAGAGCUCGAGGUGCUCUACCUGGACCGGAACCGCAUCGGCCACAUCGAGGAAGGGGCCUUUGAGAACCUCACAGGCCUCGUCGCCCUGCACCUCAACGGUAACCGCCUGACCUCCCUGCCCUGGCGGGUCUUCCGUCCGGUCUACUUCCUGGGCCGUCUGUACCUUUUCCGGAACCCCUGGGCGUGCGACUGCCGCCUCGAGUGGCUGAAGGAGUGGAUGGAGGGCUAUGGCCUGGUCCGGGACGUCCCUUGCGCCUCCCCAUCCUCGGUGGCUGGCUUGGACCUGAGCCAAGUAGACUUCCCCCAGUCCCCUGAGGGCUUCUGCCUGGACCCCAUGGAAUUGAACCUCACCUCCUCCUCCUCCACCGUUGCUGCCCUGACAGGAGUGCCUCCCUCCACAACAGAGAGCAGGUUCCGCUUUCUCCUCUCCCAGCUGCUGUUGCCCCGUGCCUCGGGUGAGGAGGUAACCGAUGCCCCCGAAGCAUCCAUCAACAGCUCCCUGCCAGAAGGCCUGGGCGGCCCUCUCUCUUCAGGGUGGGAAGGGUUCGACCGCAGAUGCUCGGCCCCCUGCUUUGGUCACGGGCUGUUGGGCUACGCGGCUCUCCUCACCCUCAUCAUGCAGGCUUGA